UUGUAUUUACUAAUUUUUGCAAUGUAAACAUAUUUUGGUGAAUGAAACCUGAAAACUGAAUUUAGGUUACCGAAUUCGAAUUGUUCUAGAUAUUCAAUCAAACAACCUUAAAUAUUGAAACCGAAAGAUACGAUGAAAAGUAACAAUGCUUGAAGGGCACAGUUUUUUUGAAAACGACAGUGAUCUAGCCAAAACAAGUUUUUCGGUUUUUGUUACUAUUUUGUACAUAAAAGUGCUCUACAUUUUAGUUAUGAUUUUAUAUGUUUUGUCACGGUUCAACGAAAUCGUCUCAUUGAGUUAAACUAUUCAUGAUGUUGACUUUCUCUGAGCCUGCAAAACAAUCUUGGGUGUUAUCUAGAGGAGAAAAAAUUGUAUCUAUAAGUAAAAAUGAGGCUGCUAAAUUAAAGAAUCAGGACAUUCUUGCAAUAAACUUCUUAUUUCAGAAUUUUAAAAAUGAAUUUCAAGGAUCCAUUUUGAACGAAGAAGAUGGAUUUGCCACUCAACUUCAAGUAUCUGUCUUUUUGAAUGUGAUUUACAAUCAUUAUAUUAAUCCAAAAAACAAGUUUCUUGUAUUGGUCGUUUCGCCUGGAUAUUUAAUGCAAAAAUGGAAUACCAGGCUUGAAAACUUUGCAGGACUGAAAGUUAGCAUUGUUAAUUCGAAAACAAACCUAGCAGAUUUUAUUGAAGAAAGUCGUUUGGCUCUGCUCGUUUCAUUUGAGAACCUUAAACUUAUCGAGAAUUUGUUGGAUUGCAACUUUUCCUCUGUUGUUAUCGACCAUUUCGAUAUUGUUGCCACUAAACUGAUUGUUAAAAGACUUAGCGGAGAUUUUAAUAUUGGGAUUACAAGGAGGAAUUUUUAUAAAAACCCCGAUCAAAAAUUACAAUGGACGAUGCUGAAUUGGGCCAAUCCUGGCACAGCUGGUCGGUUAAUAGAUUUUUGUCAGGCAGACAAUGACAACUACGCCAACACCCGUGACAACUACCACUACUGGUGGCUCACCUUAACAUGGGAAUUCUGUGAAAACUUCCAAAGAAAUUCAGACGAAGAAGAAGACGCCUCGCAGCUUUCCGAAUUGCCCAAACCUGUGAAACGCAGUUACAAGGGCAAAAAAAGAAAAGUAGAAGAACAAAUCGGCUCCAACGAAGAAGAAUCGAUCAGUGGCGACCAUUUUAAGAAAAAUCAAAAGAAAGAAAUUAUUAAAUCCGAUCAUAAAGAAGAAGUGCAUGAAUCUUUACAGGAAGCAGCAAUAAAUGAAAAGCUUGAUUCAAGCAGUGAUUCUGAUGAUACAGUUGAGUACAAUCUAGAAGAAGAGAACAUUCAAGAACAAGAACCGACAAAUUCAACCAAUAGUUCUCACACCACACUGGAAUAUAACAAACAAGACAUUCCUAUUGUUGAAAAACCUUCUACUAACUACCAAGAGAGUGGCAUUCUUAUGGAUAUCAUUGAAGGUACUGGCAGAAGAUCCUCUGACGUCUUAGAUCGCGAGACACAGUUGAAUUUGAAAAAAGAAGAGCUUUAUUCACAGAUUUUUGACAAUGCUGAGCCAGAAGAGGUUCAUAGCCAAGCCUCAGAUUCUUCUGAAUCAUUUUUAUUAUCGUUAAUUUAAAUCUACUUCAAAUAAUUUAGGUUUUCUGAGCAUUCGUAGCGGAUUUGUGUUUUGGUGGGAAUAGUUCUCAAAACCCAGCAUAAUUUCAGUUUUUUGUAGAAGAAACAACCAUAGAAUAUAAAAUUUGCAGCUGGAAAUUUUCAAGGAAUUGAUUGUAUUUUCCAAAAUCCAUUGGUAAUGAAUUGCCAUAAUAAAAGCUAUGUUAUAGCUAUUCCCAGAAGCAAACCAAACAUAAAUCAUAGAUAGAUGAUAAAUCGAGGCUGUAAAGGUUAUAAAUAUAAGGGUUCUGAAUAUAAAGAAUUAGGAUAUACAGGAGUAUAUAGGUUUGUACCAACUCGAUACAAAACCGUUCUUGAAUCGUUAAUCGCAUGCGCAAUAACUAAUAAUUAUGCGCAGUAACACAUUUUUCGUUACUGCGCAUACUCGUAACCGUUCAAGAACGGUUUUGUAUCGAAUUGGAACAAACCUUAUAUUAACAUCGACUGAGUACUUCUACUAUUCCCUACUUAAAAGAUACUGUCGUAGCUUUACUAUUUGUAAGAGUGAGACAGAACGAACAAUGAAAAAAAAAGAUGGUGUCGUCAUUUAGUUCUGCCGACUGCUCAGUCGAUGUUAAUAUAGUGCGUCCUCGAAAAUAGUGCGUUCCUUUAAGGUAUGGAUAUAAUACACAAUUUAGAACAAAAAAGUCCUAUAACAUUUUUUUUAAGUUAACCGUUUCCAAGAAGAAAUUUACAUUGUUCCCCAUAUAAGUGAAUUUUUAUUUUCAUAAAUUUUAAUGACAUGGCAACGUAGCCUAGAGGAACUUGCUGUGACUGGAAAUUUAACCUAAUAACCCCUUGUUUAUUUACUAUUUGAGGUGUGAUUUUUGGGGUUGUUGACUUCGUAGGUACCUACCUGCAAAAUAAUGGAUAUGGGUUUGGUUGAUAUUUACAUUAUUUUACCUACCAGAUGCAACUGACCUACAAACCUACUUUUUUAAUCUUUAGAGUUUUGAGUUGCGCGUUGUUGCCAGACUUCAAUUUGCAAAUCAGAAUGUAUUUUCGUUUUUUGGUCAAACGGAUGAAUUUAGAAAAAAAUGUUAUAAGACUUUUUGCUCUAUAUUGUGCCUUCUACCUAUACCUUUACGGAACGCACUAUUUUCGGGGAUACCCUGUAUAAGUAUAUGUUCGGCUAUAUCAAACAUCAAUAAAGUUAUCUGUCAAAAUAAGUGUGUUCUUUAAUAGGACUUUCCACAAACGCUUCUCGUUUGUUUCGAGCUUCUGUCAUAUGUACUUACUCCGGGCGUUACAACCCUUCGUGGGGUUUAGCCGACUCAACAACAUGCCUCCACUGUUCUCGGUCUUGAGCAACCUCCAUCCAAUUCUCCACGCCUAUAGUUUUCAGGUCUCCUGCUAUAUUAUCUAGUCAUCGGAGCCGAGUGUCUUCUUCCAGUUGGGACUUCCUCCCACACCAGUCAUACUGUUCUUUGGUCAGAAUAUCUUCGAGGUGUCCUGUCCAUUGGAGUCUUCUGGACUGUAUUUCUUUUAUGAUGUUGGCGUCUGGGUAAAGAUUUUCGAGCUCUUUGUUAGUUCUUAUCCUAUAUUUUGUCCUGAUGCUUCAUCCAGCACAUGCCCAAAGAUCUUCCUUAGGAUUUUUCUUUCCCAAACACGUAUUCUCUCUUCGUUUGCCUUUGUUAUCGUCCACGUUUCGCUUCCAUACAUCACAACGGGUCGUAUGAUUGUUUUAUACACUUGAUUUUCGUGCGUCUUGUUAGUUGUUUCGAUUUUAUAAGGUUUGGAGGGCAAAAAGACAUCUGUUGCCGGCCUGUAUCCUAUUGUUUAUUUCUUGUGAUCCGUUAUUGUCUUGUGAGUUAUUGUUGUUCCAGGAUACUUAAAUUCUCUAACGCGCUCAAAGUUAAUCUAAGUCAUUGAUGUUGUUCUGAAGCUAUUUCCUUGUGGCAUUUUUAUAAUUACGUAUUUUUUUAUGGGAAAUAAGCCACAAUUUUAUUAAAAAAUGAAUUUAUUAACGUUUCGAAGCCCAAAUCGGGUUUCGUUGUCAAAAUACAAAAUACUAUUUGAAAUUAUUUAUAUAAAAUUUCGUUGUCAAAAUACAACGAAACCCGAUUUGGGCUUCGAAACGUUAAUAAAUUCAUUUUUUAAUAAAAUUGUGGCUUAUUUCCCAUAAAAAAUACGUAAUUAAGUCAUUGAUGUUGAUGUUAUGACCGAUUCUGUCUCUGCUUUGGUAAUUGCGGCUCAUAUACAUAUAUGUCGUCUUGUUUUCGUUGAUUUGGAGCCCCAUCUUCUCUGCUUCCUUCUCGAACCUCACGAAAGUCUCCUUCGUCCUUAGUCGGGUGUUUCCUAUUGGAUCGAUAUCGUCUGCAAAUGCGAGUAGUAGGUUUGGUCCUUCUCGAUGAAAUACUGUAUUCUGUCAUAUGUCGUAUACUAAUAUUAUACACGGAUUAUACGACAUAUCACAGAAGCUCGAAACAAAUUAGAAGCGUUGAUAAGCCCUAUAAAUUUAGCACUAUUUUAAUCAGUUGCAAACAGACAUGAAAUAUUCCUUUGAACCGUUUACUUUGAUUAUUAAACAAUUUAUAUUCAAUGUCAAUUACAUUGCCAUCUGUCAAAAUAAGUUGCUCUGGAGUAAGCCUAGCAAACAGUAGGUCUGUUCCUUUGUUUUUGGUGUAGCACUAUAGUUUUAAGUAAGUGUAGAAGUGCUACACUAACUCGUUCCUUAGGAAGGUGUAGUGGUACAAUAUGUUGUUUCAUUGAAAAGUAGCAAAAAAAGUCUAACACUAGUGUAGUUGAAUCUACACCUGCUUCUGAGAGGGUAGUUAACUACACUCGUCUUGCACAGUAUAUCCAACUGAACUUGACAACUGUUUAGCUGUCCGAUGUGUUUGUUUACAAAAAAAAAAGAAUGUGUGUGUACUUUGUACGCACGUAAGAAGUUAUACUUCUAUUACAAUAUAAUCUAACUUCAUAUAUUAUGAUUUCAACGAAAUCAAUAUAGGUACCUAUCUAAACAGUUUUUUGUAUUGUAUUUAGAUAUUAAACUAGUUUUAGAAAGAACAAAAACAAUACCAAAAAUAAAAAAAAAAAGGAUAUGACUUUGGCCGGAUUUGAACAGGGGACCUCUCGAUCCCUAGGCGAAUGCUCUACCGAUCAGCUACCACCGUUUUUGUAUUCAGUCGAUCAUUUCUCGGACAUAAUUACAAUCACCGUGACAGAUACAUUAAUUGAAAAUAAACAUUUUCAAUAAUACUUAUUAGGAGGAAGACAAAUCCACAGACAUAAAAAUUAUAAUAAAUAUAUUUACUAAAAACACUAAUAAUAUAUUCUUUUCACGCACACCUUAUUUGCGCUACAUAACUUAAAAUAUGCAGCGACUAAUACCAUACUGUCGGUGUGCGCAUGCGCCAGGGAAUGUAAAAAUUCACCCUCGUGCGUAAAAAAGUAUAACUUCAAAAAAUCUUUUUGUUUUGGGUUUGCCGCUGAAACUACAUACACUCGAAAGUGCCACUAGUAAACAAAGGAACAAACCUAUUAAAACCUUAUAAAUCUAUCAUCUACAGGUGUAACUGUAACUGUUAAAUUUACAAUUAAGACUAAAAGUGUAUGUUGUAGAUAUAUCUUGAGCCUUCCAUUGUACAGUAUCGAGUACUGACUAUUCCAAGUUAAAUAUUUAUACAGGGUGUUUCAUUGGGAAAGUAACAUACGUUAACUGUAGAAAGAGGACAUUUAGGCGGUCUCAAAAAUACCAUACUUAAUGGGUCUUACUCCAUUAAUAACAAAGAUACUGGGUGUUUUAUCUAUUUUGCCAUUUUUUUAUUUGUUUCAUUACUUUUUAACCACACCGUAUAUUUAUUUUAUAUUUGGCACGCAAAUAUCCUUUAAGGUUUACAAUAAAUUAAUUUAUUUACAAAUAAAUUGAAAUACAGCUUACAACUUGUCAACCGCACUGUAUAUUUAUUUUAUAUUUAACACGCGAAUAUUCUUUUAGGUGUCCAAUUAAUUAUUUUAUUUACAAUUUUAAAAAAUCCAGGUCCGGAUUAAAUAAUAUUGUAAAAAUGUUCCGACCCAAAUAAAUACCCUGUAUAUUAAUUUUUUUAAAUGGAUUUUGCAUUUGAAAAGAGCAUGAAAAACUAAAUUUAGUGGUAUACUUUCAAUUUUCGGCAAAAUGAUUUUUCUGAUAAAAUUUUGAAUUUGAAUUCUGAAAUUAUGUCAAUUGCGAGAGCUCUAAGUAGAAAAAAUUAAAAUGCGACUAAAUUUUAAUUAAUACCAUUAUUUAAUUUAAGUUGGUAAAAUCUUAAAACAUUUCAGUGUUUUUUAUUAUGUGACAAAUAGGUUAUGGCGAAUAUUCAUCUUUAAAUAAUGAAUAAAUAAUAAAGAGUCAAUAAAGAAUACAUCACUUUAAUAAACAUAGUAUCUAAAAAUUCUAACAAAACAGAAAAAAUUUGCAGCAUAUUAACUAUUCAAAAUUACGACUAUCAAAAAUUAUUAUGUGUCAAAAUGUUAAUAUUUUACCAAUUUAGAUUAAAUAAUGGUAUUAAUUAAAAUUAAGUCAUAUUUUAAUUUUUUUUUACUUUGGGCUUCGCCAUUCACAUAAUUUCAGCAUUGAAAUUCAAAAUUUUACCGGAAAAAUUAUUUUGCCAAAAAUUCAAAAUAUACCAUUAAAUUUAGUUUUUCUCAUCCUCUUUUCAAGUGCAAAAUCCAUUUUAAAAAACUUAAUAUACAGGGUGUUUUUUGGGUCGGAACAUUUAUACAAUAUUUUUUAAUCCGGACCUGGAUUUUUUAUAAUUGUAAAUAAAUUAAUUGAUUGGACACCUAAAAGAAUAUUUGCGUGUUAAAUAUAAAAUAAAUAUACAGUGCGGUUGAUAAGUUGUAAGCUGUAUUUCAAUUUUUUUCUACUUAGAGCUCUCAAAAUUCACAUAAUUUCAGAAUUCAAAUUCAAAAUUUGACCAGAAAAAUCAUUUUGCCAAAAAUUCAAAGUAUACCACUAAAUUUAGUUUUUCAUCCUCUUUUCAACUGAAAAAUCCAUUUUAAAAAAUGGAAUUUACAGGGUGUUGUUUUUGGGUCGGAAUAUUUUUCCAAUAUUUUUUAAUCCGGACCUGGAUUUUUUACAAUUAUAAAUAAAUUAGUUUAUUUUACACCUUAAAUAAUAUUUGCGUGCCAAAUAUAUUAUAAAUAUACAGUGUGGCUAAAAAGUUAUGAACCAAUUAAGAAAAUGGCAAAAUAGAUAAAACACUCAGUAUCUUUGUUAUUAAUGGAGUAAGACCCAUUAAGUAUGGUAUUUUUGAGACCGCCUAAGUGUCCUCUUUGCCUCUUUCUACAGUUAACGUAUGUUACUUUCCCAAUGAAACACCCUGUAUAAUUUUCUAUUUUUCAGCGUUAUAUCAAAAAAUUAAAUUUUUUGUGCUAGAUUGUCUAAAAAACUAUUAUUAUUUUCUAUAUGGUAUUUCUGCCUCGUUUCUUUAUAAAACCUUCGUAUUAGAUGGAUAUUAUCUUUGUUUACAGCAUUUUGAAAAGCUAUUUGGUAUUUAUCAUUGUUAGUUAAUAACAUUUGGUUUUGAAUAUUUUAAUAAGACUUGUUAGUAGGUAUGUGGUAUUUUAUUGUUUAUUUUAUCUAUCGCUGUUUGUUAGUUAUUUUUAUUAAUAAAUAUUAAAGUACA